AUGCAAUGUCGUCAUGCAGCAAUGCUGCAAUCUUCAUAUCUCAAUCUUCAUGUAUCUCAAUGGGAGAAGCCGGAGCUUGGAUCUGAGGCGGCCGCGGAGGAGUAUUACGUGGAGCAGCUGUAUGGAAGAGAAAGCAGAAAUAAGGCCAAAGCGAAAAUCACAACGGCACCAGUUGUGCAAUGCCGCCGAUCAAGGAGCUAA